GCACCGGAGCAGCCGCAGCUGUGGAGGAUAAGGGGAAGAUGGAGGCAGAGCUGUGAUCAGGCAAGCAGAAAGAAAAGCCCACAUCAGUCAAAGAAAAGCCAUCUGAUAGCAAGAGGUCAACUCGUGUUCCCUUGAAAUCAAUUUAUUCCCAGACCCGAUUCCUCUCCCUCCUCCCGCUGUGGGAGAAUAAGAGCUUGUGAAGGAUGAGGAGCCUUAUCACUGCUUCGCUGUGAGGAAGGCAGUGCAGGCUGCCGUCUCUGAGGUUGGACCCAAGCUUUAUCAGCAGGUGCAUCAACUCUGGAUGGCACUAUGACGCUGGAAAGAUUUGAGCAUUCAUAAGGACGCAGAAACUUGACAAUUUCACCGGAUAAUCCACGGGUGGGAUGAAGAACUAAAGUCUAGUAGAGAGUUUGAGGCAGCAUGUCUAAACCAAUGGAUCACGUAAAACGCCCAAUGAACGCUUUCAUGGUCUGGUCCAGAGCCCAGCGCAGGAAAAUGGCUCAGGAGAACCCGAAGAUGCACAACUCCGAGAUCAGCAAGCGGCUGGGAGCGGAGUGGAAACUUCUCACGGAGUCCGAGAAGAGGCCGUUCAUCGACGAAGCCAAGCGGCUCAGGGCGAUGCACAUGAAGGAGCAUCCAGACUAUAAGUACAGACCGAGGCGGAAGCCCAAGACUUUGAUGAAAAAAGAUAAGUUUUCCUUCCCGGUGCCCUAUAAUCUUGGGGAGCACGACGCGCUCAAAGUUAGCGGACUUUCCGCAGGAGCGCUCUCCGACUCCGUCAUCGGGAACCCGGACAAGGCUGCGGCGGCCGCGGCGGCCGCGGCUGCGAGGGUCUUCUUCAACCCGUCCAUGUCAGCGAACCCGUACUCGUUUUUUGACCUGGGAUCCAAGAUGACCGAGCUUUCCCCGCCUUCCUUUCCUUACGCCUCUCCUUUGGGUUACCCGCCGGGAGGGGCGGCGGCGUUUACCGGGACUGGCGGCGUGGGCGGCGGGACACACACUCACUCGCACCCGUCACCGGGUAACCCGGGGUACAUGAUCCCGUGUAACUGUACGGCCUGGCCCUCGGCGGGACUCCAGCCGCCCUUAGCCUACAUCUUGCUGCCCGGGAUGGGGAAACCUCAGCUUGAACCUUACCCUGCAUAUGCUGCGGCGUUAUGAUAGGCCCGCUACAGAGAUGACUGGGACUGAUCUGUUCAUGCAAGAUUUUUUUAUUAUGCAUGCAAAAACUUGUACAUGUGAUGAAGUGCUCGUCCUCUCAAAUAUCACAUGUGUAUGUACAUUGAUUAAUGCCUUUAUCUAAGGUAAUGCUUAUUUAGAGAACUCUCUAAUCUAUUAUUGCUCAGCCAGGAAGACGACUGAACAAGGAGCACAGAUUUGAGCUGUUGAGCAUCUUUUUCACCUGCAGGACUGACCUGUUGGAAUCAUGGCCAAUGACCCCCCACCCACCAUCCUUUCUCCUGCUUCUCUCAUCAGGACCACAACUGUUUACUUUCAGAUGGGGGGG